AUGAAUUCCACCUCCGGCGACACCAUGCACUCCAGCAGUUCAGUCACCACCGUAUCCCCUAGCUUCACCGCCCAUUCUUCCACUUCUAACAACCUCGCCGACGUUGCCGCUAGGGUUGUAGAAGAAUUCCGCCUUGAAAAUGGAGACGAAUAUGACGACAUCUUCAACUCUAACGAUCACAGUUUCGGUUACGAUAACACCGAGUUUUCCGUCACCGCAGACGUAAACGCUGACGCUGUUAUCAAUCCAGAUAAAACGAAAGAUAACAACACUCAUGAUUCUGUUCAUGAUGAUGAUGAGGAUGACUUCGAGUUUGCUGUUGUUUGUAACGACGUUAAUUCCUCUUCAAUUUCGACUAACGAGAUCUUCUAUCCUCUGUUUGAUCGGAGUUUGUUGCUAGACGUCGAUCCUGAUCAAACUAACGCCGUUAACUCCACGGCGGAGACCGAUUGUAAACCGUUAGGUCCGUUACGUCUUCCUCUGAGUAAACUUUUCAGUGAAGAUCGCGAUUUCGGUUCUUCGUCAUCUUCCGAAGCCGACGAACUCGACGGAAUCACUCCUGGAACGUACUGCGUCUGGAAGCCGAAGAAACCGCAGUCACCGGAAAGGUGUAAGAAGAGUAAUUCCACCGGUAAUUCGUCACGCCGGUGGAAGUUUCGCGACAUACUUUACCGGAGCAACAGCGAGAGUAAGGAAUCACCGUUUCUGUUCUUCAAACCUUCAAUUGCAACGAAUAGUAAGAAGAUAAGCAGCGAUAAAUUGAAGAAGAUUGAGAAACGAGAGAAGGAAGCUGCUACCGACGGUGCACCGGCGGUGACGCCGGAGAAACAUGAUCGGCGUCAAUCGUAUCUACCGUCUGGAGAAGCUCUGGCUACUGCAUUUACUACUGUAAGCCGAUCCAACAGAACUUUACAUAUUUUUUAA